AUGGAGAUAAAAUACACUAGUAUAUAUUCAGUUAGUGCAAGUGGUGGAUCUGAUCUUGAAGUUCGCGGUCGGGAGCUGGUGAAUUUUAUCAACUUCACCGUUCGCAGUCUCUGUUCAUUCUCUUUGCUAAGCUAUACUCUAGUGUUCCGCGUCAACCACUACCCUGGAAUUGUUACUGCGAUAUCCAAUUUGCAAGCAGAUGGAAUAAAACUUUUCCCGCCCAGUGAGAGCUUCAGACUACCCACUCCAACUCCUCACGUCCUGCGCUUCUCCGCAAGCAACCACCCUCCCGAGAUCUCGUCCAGCAUGGAGGAUUACGAGGAAGAAUAUGGAGAAGAUGCCUACUAUGAUCAAGAUGAAGGGAUUACUUCAGAAGACUGCUGGACGGUGAUUUCAUCCUUCUUCGAGUCGAAAGGUCUGGUGUCGCAGCAGCUUGAUUCUUUUGAUGAGUUUAUCUCGACGACCAUGCAGGAGCUAGUGGAGGAGCAGGGGCAGGUAACUCUUGAUCAAACACUGGCUCCUGCUGAAGAUGAGAUAGAUCCUGUCGUUUUGCGACGCUACGAGUUAAAAUUCGGUACUGUCAUGCUUGCGCGACCGUCUGUGACUGAGGGCGAUGGUGCGACCAGCAUUAUGUUGCCCCAGGAGGCGCGACUUCGAAAUCUCACAUAUGCCAGUCCCCUCUACCUUGGGAUUACGAAGAGAGUCACGGAAGGACGAGAGCGUCUCAUUGCCGAGCGCGAUGAUGCUGAGCAAGGCGAAGAGGAUAACGAUGAGGAGAGACGGAGUAGAGGAACAUAUUUGCACUGGGAACCGAAAGCUCUGAACGAGGAUGAGCCAGAAGAAGAGAAUGUUUUCAUCGGGAGAAUGCCGAUCAUGUUGAAGUCGAAAUACUGCAUCCUCAAGGAUUUAAAUGAACAAUCGCUAUACAACUGGAACGAGUGUCCUUACGAUUCCGGUGGAUAUUUCAUUAUAAACGGCAGUGAAAAGGUUCUUAUCGCGCAGGAGCGAAGUGCAGGCAAUAUUGUUCAAGUUUUUAAGAAAGCUCCUCCAAGCCCAACACCGUACGUCGCGGAAAUCCGAAGUGCUGUUGAGAAAGGGUCCAGGAUAUUGUCUCAGCUGUCAAUAAAGCUUUUCGGUAAGGGUGACACCUCCAAGGGCGGGUUUGGCCCAACGAUCCGAUCUACCCUCCCUUACAUCAAAACCGACAUCCCGAUCGUUGUUGUGUUCCGAGCGCUUGGUGUGGUGUCCGACGAAGAUAUCCUCAAUCAUAUUUGCUAUGACCGGAACGAUACACCAAUGCUGGAAAUGCUCAAGCCAUGUAUCGAGGAAGGGUUCGUUAUCCAGGAUCGCGAAGUAGCUCUUGACUUCAUAAGUAAGCGAGGCUCUUCGCCUACGAGCAUGAACCACGAAAAGCGGGUUAGAUACGCGAGGGAUAUUAUCCAGAAGGAAUUCCUUCCUCAUAUCUCACAGAGUGAAGGUAGCGAGACGCGGAAAGCAUUUUUCUUGGGAUACAUGGUGCAUAGACUUCUUCAAUGCGCUCUUGGUCGUCGAGAUGUCGAUGAUCGUGAUCAUUUUGGAAAGAAGAGACUUGACUUGGCCGGUCCACUACUCGCCAACCUUUUCAGAAUUCUGUUCAUGAGAGUCACGAAGGAUCUUUACAAAUACGUCCAAAGAUGCGUGGAAACUAAUCGGCAAUUAUAUCUGAACAUUGGUGUGAAGGCUAGUACCCUAUCCGGUGGUCUUAAGUAUGCUCUUGCUACAGGUAACUGGGGCGAGCAGAAAAAGGCGGCUAGCUCCAAGGCUGGUGUUUCGCAAGUGCUUAAUCGUUACACAUAUGCCUCUACACUUUCACAUCUUCGCCGAACCAACACGCCAAUUGGUCGUGAUGGCAAAAUUGCUAAGCCUCGACAACUUCAUAACACUCAUUGGGGUCUUGUCUGUCCAGCUGAAACGCCGGAAGGUCAAGCUUGUGGUCUUGUUAAGAAUUUGGCUCUGAUGUGUUGCAUCACUGUUGGUACACCGAGCGAGCCGAUUAUUGAUUUCAUGAUUCAACGCAAUAUGGAAGUCCUAGAGGAGUUUGAGCCUCAAGUGUCGCCGAAUGCUACCAAGGUUUUUGUCAACGGCGUGUGGGUGGGAGUCCAUAGAGACCCUUCUCACCUUGUAAGUACAGUCCAAUCGUUGAGACGACGGAACAUGAUUUCGCAUGAAGUCAGUUUGGUACGAGACAUUCGAGACCGGGAAUUCAAGAUCUUCACCGAUGCUGGACGAGUCUGUCGCCCCCUUUUCGUGGUUGAGAAUGACCCGAAGAGUGAAAAUUGCGGCUCCCUGGUACUAUCUAAAGAGCACAUCCACAAACUUGAAGCGGACAAAGAGCUUCCACCAGACUUGGAUCCUGAGGAGCGCAGAGAGCGGUAUUUUGGCUGGGACGGUCUUGUUAAAUCCGGUGUCGUUGAGUAUGUGGAUGCAGAGGAGGAAGAAACCAUUAUGAUUGUCAUGACACCGGAGGACCUUGAAACGUCGAAACAAUUACAAGCAGGCUUUAGUCUUCCUGAAGAAGAUAACAACGACCCUAACCGACGUGUCCGAUCCACCCUUAGUCAAAAAACACAUACUUGGACUCACUGUGAGAUUCACCCCAGUAUGAUUCUAGGCAUCUGUGCUAGCAUCAUUCCGUUCCCCGACCACAACCAAUCCCCUCGUAAUACAUACCAAUCUGCUAUGGGUAAGCAAGCCAUGGGUGUCUUCCUUACAAAUUUCGACCAACGGAUGGAAACGAUGGCAAACAUUUUGUACUAUCCGCAAAAGCCACUUGCUACGACACGAUCUAUGGAGUUCCUGAAAUUCCGUGAACUUCCUGCUGGGCAAAAUGCUAUCGUGGCGAUUGCUUGCUAUUCCGGAUACAACCAGGAGGACUCUGUUAUCAUGAACCAGAGCAGUAUCGAUCGCGGUCUUUUCCGGAGUCUGUUCUACCGAACGUACACCGACUCCGAGAAGAUGGUUGGCAUGACUGUUGUUGAAAGAUUUGAGAAACCCAUGAGAUCGGAUACCCUUCGCAUGAAACAUGGAACUUAUGAUAAGGUUGAUGACGACGGUAUUGUUGCCCCCGGUGUUCGUGUGUCGGGUGAGGAUAUCAUUAUCGGGAAAACAGCUCCCUUGGCACCCGAGGCAGAAGAGCUAGGUCAGCGGACGAAGCAACAUACCAAAAUUGAUGUCUCUACUCCUCUGCGGAGUACUGAGAGCGGUAUCGUCGACCAGGUCUUGGUCUCCACGAGCAACGAUGAUCUGAAAUUCGUCAAGGUUCGGAUGAGAACGACGAAGAUUCCUCAAAUCGGGGAUAAAUUCGCAUCUCGGCACGGCCAAAAAGGUACCAUUGGCAUUACGUAUCGGCAGGAGGAUAUGCCCUUCACCCGCGAGGGCAUUGUUCCGGACCUGAUUAUCAAUCCCCACGCUAUUCCUUCUCGAAUGACCAUUGCUCAUUUGAUCGAGUGCCAGCUCAGCAAAGUUUCUUCACUACGUGGGUUUGAAGGUGAUGCGACGCCGUUUACAGACGUGACGGUGGAUUCCAUCUCCAGCUUGCUCCGUGAACACGGAUAUCAGUCCCGCGGCUUCGAGGUGAUGUACAAUGGCUACACAGGUCGAAAGCUGGUUGCCCAGGUUUUCCUGGGUCCAACUUACUACCAACGUCUACGACACAUGGUCGAUGAUAAGAUCCACGCACGCGCACGUGGCCCAACCCAGAUUCUCACACGCCAGCCCGUCGAAGGUCGGGCGAGAGAUGGUGGUCUUCGAUUCGGAGAGAUGGAACGCGAUUGUAUGAUUGCUCACGGUGCAAGUGCAUUCCUCAAGGAAAGAUUAUUUGACGUAUCUGAUCCAUUCCGUGUCCACAUCUGCGAUAUAUGUGGGCUGAUGACACCCAUUGCGUAA